GAAUCUUCUGUCUAAUAAACGAACAUGAGUCAUCUGAAGUUGUUUGCGGCUACGCUGAAGUGGCAUGGCAUUAAACUUCUGGAAAAGCAAGAUAUAGCCAGAAGGGUAUUUUUACAUGGCCAACGGUAUGUUUCAUCAGGAACCUCAGAACCAUUCCUGAGUGGCAGUAAUUCAAAUUAUGUGGAGGAAAUGUAUUAUGCAUGGCUUGAAAACCCUAAAAGCGUACAUAAGUCCUGGGAUUUGUUUUUCCGAAAUGCUAAUGCUGGCCAAGCAUAUGAUCCCCAUCUACCAGAUCAGUUGGAAAGAAAGGCAUCAUUUCUUCAGAGUCAUGGCCUGGCCCAGACACCAGGUAAAGCUGAAAAGCUUGUUGAAGAUCACCUUGCUGUGCAGUCUUUGAUAAGAGCAUACCAAAUCCGCGGCCAUCAUGUGGCUCAGCUGGAUCCCCUUGGAAUUCUGGAUGCAGACUUGGAUUCCUUUGUUCCAUCUGACUUAAUCACUACAAUCGAUAAACUUGGGUUUUAUGGUUUGCAUGAAUCAGAUCUGGACAAAGUCUUUCAGCUGCCUACAACCACCUUCAUAGGAGGAAAUGAGAACAGUCUUUCUCUACGAGAGAUCAUCAAACGGCUGGAGAAUACCUAUUGCCAACACAUUGGCUUGGAGUUUAUGUUCAUCAAUGAUGUGGAGCAGUGCCAGUGGAUCCGGCAGAAGUUUGAGACGCCGGGAGUUAUGAAGUUCACUAAUGAGGAAAAAAGGACUUUGUUGGCAAGGCUGGUGCGCUCGAUGAGAUUUGAAGACUUCCUUGCUCGCAAGUGGUCUUCCGAAAAGAGAUUUGGUUUGGAAGGAUGUGAAGUAAUGAUUCCUGCACUUAAGACCAUCAUUGAUAAAUCCAGCGAAAUGGGAAUUGAAUACGUUAUAAUGGGGAUGCCUCAUAGAGGUAGGCUGAAUGUAUUGGCUAACGUAAUCCGAAAAGAGCUGGAACAGAUCUUCUGUCAGUUUGAUCCCAAACUUGAAGCAGCUGAUGAGGGAUCUGGGGAUGUAAAAUAUCAUCUGGGAAUGUACCAUGAGAGGAUCAACCGAGCAACAAACAAGAAAAUCACUCUGUCCCUGAUGGCUAACCCUUCUCACUUGGAAGCAGUUGAUCCUGUUGUGCAAGGGAAAACAAAAGCUGAACAAUUUUAUCGAGGGGAUACAGCAGGGAAAAAGGUUAUGUCCAUAUUAUUACAUGGAGAUGCUGCCUUUGCAGGACAAGGAGUGGUUUAUGAGACAUUUCAUCUUAGUGACCUCCCAUCCUACACCACGAAUGGCACUAUUCAUGUUGUGGUCAACAACCAGAUUGGCUUCACCACAGACCCCCGUAUGGCCCGUUCAUCUCCAUAUCCUACUGAUGUUGCUCGUGUGGUCAAUGCUCCCAUUUUUCAUGUGAAUGCUGAUGACCCUGAAGCAGUAAUGUAUGUGUGCAGUGUAGCUGCAGAAUGGCGAAACACAUUCAAUAAAGAUGUGGUGGUUGACUUGGUUUGUUACCGUAGGAGAGGGCACAACGAAAUGGAUGAACCGAUGUUCACCCAGCCUCUAAUGUACAAGCAGAUUCAUAAGCAAGUGCCAGUGCUGAAGAAGUAUGCUGACAAACUGAUUGCAGAUGGGACUGUAACACUGCAGGAGUUUGAGGAAGAAAUUGCAAAGUAUGAUAGAAUAUGUGAAGAAGCAUAUACUAGAUCUAAGGAUAAUAAGAUCCUACAUAUCAAGCACUGGCUUGAUUCACCUUGGCCUGGAUUCUUUAACGUGGAUGGAGAACCCAAGAGCAUGUCUUGUCCUCCAACUGGCAUUUCAGAAGACCUGCUGACUCACAUUGGCAAUGUAGCUAGUUCAGUGCCAGUCAAAGACUUCAAAAUACAUGCAGGACUCUCUCGGAUUUUGAGAGCCCGCUUGGAAAUGACCAAGAACAGGGUUGUUGACUGGGCCUUAGCAGAAUACAUGGCUUUUGGCUCUUUUCUGAAAGAAGGGAUCCAUGUCCGACUAAGUGGACAGGAUGUGGAGAGGGGCACUUUUAGCCAUCGUCAUCAUGUGCUUCAUGAUCAAGAAGUUGACAAGAGAACGUGUGUUCCCAUGAAUCACCUCUGGGAGCAGCAGGCCCCCUAUACUGUGUGCAACAGCUCCCUUUCCGAAUAUGGUGUCUUAGGUUUUGAACUUGGCUUUGCUAUGGCAAGUCCCAAUGCCCUGGUGUGCUGGGAGGCCCAGUUUGGCGACUUCCACAACACGGCACAGUGUAUAAUAGACCAGUUCAUCAGCUCCGGCCAGGCCAAGUGGGUUCGUCACAACGGGAUCGUCCUGCUCUUGCCACACGGAAUGGAAGGAAUGGGUCCAGAGCAUUCAUCAGCCAGGCCUGAGAGGUUUCUGCAGAUGAGCAAUGAUGAUUCUGAUGCUUAUCCAGAGUUCAGUGAGCAGUUUGAAGUUUCCCAGCUGUAUGAAUGCAACUGGAUUGUGGUGAAUUGUUCAACUCCAGCCAAUUACUUUCACGUCCUCAGAAGACAGAUCUUGCUGCCAUUCAGAAAACCGCUGAUUAUUUUGACACCCAAGUCACUGCUGAGGCAUCCAGAAGCUAAAUCCAGUUUUGAUGAAAUGGUGUCUGGUACCACUUUCCAACGCGUGAUUCCUGAGAAUGGGCUGGCAGCUCAUGCACCACAUGAGGUCAAGCGAGUGAUUUUCUGCACAGGAAAAGUAUACUAUGAUCUUGUGAAAGAGAGAAAGAAUCAAGACCUGGAGAAACAAGUAGCUAUAACCAGACUUGAACAGAUCUCACCAUUCCCCUUUGACUUACUGAAAGAAGAACUUGAGAAGUAUCCAGGUGCUGAUCUAGUUUGGUGUCAGGAGGAACACAAAAACAGUGGAUAUUAUGAUUAUGUCAAACCUCGUUUCCGCACUAUUGUGAACCACACUCGACCUAUAUGGUAUGUUGGCCGAGAGCCUGCUGCUGCAGCUGCCACAGGCAACAAGAACACGCAUCUGGUGUCGCUCAGAAGGUUCUUGGAUACAGCUUUCAACCUGGAGGCCUUUGAGGGAAAGACAUUCUAACUGCAGGGCACCGACCCAUCUCUGACUAGUAGUCUCUCAAAUCACUGCAUCCGAAAGAGGAAAUGACAGUGGGAAAAAUACUGGAAAUUAUGUAUUUUUGCUUUAGCAGAUAAACAGAUCCAGCAGCUGACUUCAUUAAUCUGCACCUUGCUCCCCAGUUUGUAAGGAAAAAAAAAAAAAAAUUCCAACUUACCUUCCACCAUUUUUUGUCACUUGUCUAUUUAGAUUGGGACCUCUUUGGCACAAGGAGAGUCUCCUAUCCUAUCCAAGGAUGCAGUGUCUAGCUCAGUGAGGCUCCGAUCUCAGUCUGUGGGCACUAUCUAAUUACUGUAAGUAAGUGGAGCAGGCAUGGACAGCAUGAUAGUUAUGCACGUCCCUGAAAAAGAAGAGAGUACGUUUGGGAGCCACUAAGGAAACAAGAUGCAUUGUUACAAGGAGAACGGUUGACAGUUAUUUCUAGAUAUGUUGGAGAGGAGUAAUGAAAGUGAAAAGCAAAGAGUUGAUAGAUGACUUAGGUAGAGAAAUGUGCUGGCUGUGGUUGUUGGAAGGAGAUGGUAAGGUAGCCUGGUGGUGUGAGGAGGAGGCUGGAGAUGGGGAGUCAGAUUACAAAGUUGCUAAACUAUGAGUGGUAACAAAAGUGGUGUGGACCACUUAGGUAUAAGGUGGAGGAGGGUGAUGAAGGCAGAAAUAAAAGGGACCAAGAAAAGGUUUGUUGGGGGUAACUGAGGAGGGAAGAAGUCUACACAAGACCACAGCUGACAGAGCAGUGGGUGAUCAGCAGGAGAAUUCAGCAUCAAAAGACUUCAGAAGUAAGAGGUGACAGCACCAAUUGCUCCCACUCCCUGGACUGCCUGCUUUGAUGUUCUGUGGUAUUAGGGAACUGUGGGGUCCUGUGAACAUCCUCAUUUUAAAUGAACACUCUUUCCCUCACCAAACUGCUAGGAUCUGCUUUUCUUUGACCUGUUAGCACCCAUAAAAAGAUUGUGUUUGGAUGAGAAGUCUGUGUUUGUGCAACAAGUAGUGGGUUCUGUGCGUUGUGUAGUGCUAAUCCCUGCCUCACAUCUCCUUGCUGAUAUUAAUUAAACUCUGAAGUGGCAAUUCCUGAUUUCGUCACCCUUUUUUAUGUAAGAGGAAGGUGGGCAAGCAACAGUUACUGUUUGACCAAAGGCACAUGCUGUGGUUUUGUACAAGUAGUAAUUGAUUGGGGGUUUUUUGUCCCUUGUGUUUACUUGUCAAUUAGGAUAUCAAUUGCCAUGUACUUUCAGUAUGGACAUAAAAGUGAACCGGCUCAAGAGCUGGCUCUGUGUAAGGCGGCUGAUGUACAGCAGGUGCUGGAGGGGAGAGUACAGCGAGGGUUGUUCUCUUCCCAGGAGAUAGUGCUUGGCUUCCUGGGAGGCACUGCACAGCAGGGUGGUCUCAGAGUGCCACUGCUUGUGCUUCCUCCGCAGUGCUAGAAGGCAAGUGGGCACCACUUUCCUCUCCCCUCUUAAUAUAUUAAGAACUAGUGUUGUCAGAAGUCCUGUUCCCUCUGCCCCAGGAGAACUUGGGUCUGGGUGAACCUUGUGACUGCAGGUUUCCGCACCACUAGACUACGUAGGGGCAGGAGACUUCCCUUCUUUCUGCUGGCUGGCAGAGGGAACUGCUCAAUUAACAAAGUGGUGUAGUAGGAGGCAGAGGAAUGGCCAUGCCUGUGUUGAAGCAGGAGGCAGUAACUAGCUGCACAAGGGCCCUGUGCCCCUGCCGUGCCUGGAGGGUUGUGCUAGAUCUGCUGAGCAGCCACUUUGAUACAUCGUAACAAGUGACUGGAAAACACAUAGAGGAGACUUCACCCCCAUCUCCAAUUCCCUGUCCUGAGCGUGCUCCUGGGACAUACUUGUGUUCUUGGCAGUUAAGUUUUACCCCGCUGCUGCUGUAUUGGCUGUGACACAAUAAGGCUUGACAGUUUAUGCCUGAUUCAAAGAGUCAGGUGAUGCUGGAAAGCUUCUUGUCUCAUCAAAAUAAAAAGCUGUAUUAGAAACUUUCAGCUAUCAUCAGGUACUACUUGUCCAAGCAGGUUACCAAAAAGGGAUGCGUGCCUUAUGCUGUCCCUUUAUUUGGCCUGGAGACAACAUGAUGGUGAAAAAAAUAAUCCUGCUGUCAGAGCAUAAAAUUGAUGUGGUAAGGUACUUACCAUGGGAUCCAGAACCAACCUUAGUCUAAUGUGCGUGAAACUCAGUAGCAUCCUUUUAAAUCAGGCUGGUUGCCUUGGGCUUUUUCUCUCAUUGAAACAUUGAAGCUAAUUCAGUCUCUUGAAACCUAAUGAACUUGGAAAGUACUGCAGUUGACAGCAGCAAAUAUUGUCUCCUGUCCAUUUCUAUAGCUCAAAACAUUAAGCUGAUAGGCAGUAACCAUCACCCAAAAUAUUUUAAUGCUUUUAUGAAUGCUUGUUUCUGUGGCAAGAAUUGAGUGCGGCUAAAUAUUGCUGGCGCCGUUUAUUGUAUUCUCAGUUUGCAUAAGGCAGGUCAGUGCUGCAUGAAAUAUGAUAAAUGCACUUAUGCCACAGUAUAUGCAGAGGUAGAAAACAAAAUUAACAUAGAAAUGUAAGUGGUAAAUGACAGGUUUCCAUUUUCAUUGUGUAUCAUAGAUUGUGGCAUAAUAGUUGCAUAAAAAUUCCA